ACAGAGAGAGAGAGAGAACCAAAAAAGGGGAGCUGAGAGAGGUCGGAGAGGAAGAGGAGGAGGAUAUCUUUCAUGAUAAGUGGACUUCUGACAGACAGAGCUCCUCGCUGCAUACCCAGCUGACACAAAUGAGAGAGUCCUAAAACCAGCACCAUGCCUGGACUCAUUAACAAGGAGAACAGGAGCGCUCUGCCCCUCAGCGUCUCUGACAUCACUUCCUGUGUAAGGGGUUAUACUCUGGCCAUGACAGCCUCUAUGACCUACGAAAAUAUUGAGGAUCAUGCAAUUGAGGGAAUUUUCAUUUAUCCGCUGGAGGAAAAUUCUAUUGUUGUGGGGUUUGAAUCUAUGAUAUCCAGUCAGAUUAUAACACUGCAAAUCAAAGACAAGGCAAAAAUUGACGACUGUUAUCUGGAUUGCUGCAACACAUCUAAUGGAGCCCUGCAGAGUGGCAGCGGGCACAUAGUGAUUGAUGAGGACCUCGGGAGGACAGUGUUAGUGGUCAACCUCGGGGUCAUCCCUCCCAUGGAGACGGUCCAUAUUCUGGUCAGUACCUCCUCUGAGCUCUCCACCCUGCCCAACGGAGGCAUCAGUGUCUCGUCCCCUCCGGUGUGUACACCUCGGGUACAGAGGACCAUCAACGAGGAGCAGGGACUGUCCCCAAACUUCUCCAGAACGCGGGACAAGCAUAGCUGUGCCUCAAGUCCCCACGAUCAAACUCCCAACUCCCCUCAACUGUGGUUGGCUUCACUGCUGGAGGAGGAGGCCAUCAACUCAAUGGACUACGAGUUUAACUUCCAGCUGGAGAUUCGGGCUCCCUAUCUCCUCGCAGGUGUAGAGAGCCCGUCUCACGCUAUCCGAGCCGAUGCAGACCCUCUGGCUCGCUCUGCCACCAGUGUCGUCAUCACUCUGGCUGACAAGUACACUUAUGACUGUCCUGUCAAAAUCCUCAUCUAUCCCAGCGAGCCUCAUCUGCCACAUGUGCUCAUUGAGAACGGAGACAUGACGCAGGAGGAGUACGACGAGUAUCUUCAUGGCCGGAGUGAUUUCAUCAAGGCCACCAAGAAGGACUCCAGUAACGAGAGGAAAGUAGAUAUCAUUCACAGGCGACUCCACAAGGACAUCCUCCACAACCCUGUGGUCAUGUUAAACUUUUGCCCUGACCUCAAAUCCAUCAGCUCAGACCUGAGGAAGGUUCACGGCGAGUUCAUCUUCCUCAUUGACCGCAGCGGCAGCAUGAGUGGGGUUAACAUCAACCGUGUGAAGGACGCCAUGGUGGUGAUUCUCAAGAGCCUUGUGCCGGGCUGCCUUUUUAACAUCAUAAGCUUCGGCUCCACAUUCAAAUCACUUUUCACAACCAGCCAGAACUACGAGGAGGAAGCCCUGGCCCUGGCGUGUGAGUAUGUUAGGAAGAUCAGAGCCGACAUGGGGGGUACCAACAUCCUGGCGCCGCUCAAUUGGAUCCUGAGGCAGCCAAUGUUCAGUGGACACCCCCGCCUACUCUUCCUGCUCACUGAUGGGGCCGUAAGCAACACAGGCAAAGUUAUUGAGCUGGUCCGCAGCCAUGCACGCUACAUCAGAUGUUUCACAUUCGGCAUAGGACAGAACGCCUGCAGGAGGCUGGUGCAGGGACUGGCGACAGUUUCCAAAGGAACAGCAGAGUUCCUGGCCGACGGAGAGAGGCUGCAGCCCAAGAUGAUAAAGUCCCUGAAGAAAACCCUGUCUCCAGUACUCAGUGACAUUUCCAUUGAAUGGCUCUUUCCUGAGACCAAAGAAGUGCUGCUGUCCCCCGUGGGCAACACCUUCCUGUUUCCAGGGGACAGUCUGAUCGGCUACAGUGUGGUGUGCGACACUACCCGCUACCAUGCCAACCCUAAAUCUGAUAAGAGGAGGCGAUACAGCAUGAUGCGCUCCAUCGAGUCAGCCAGCUCCGUGUUUUACCACUCACAAGAAGAGGACGUGUUGAGGACAGGUAGCGACAGUCAGGGGUCCUACAAGGAAUCACCUCUGUAUGAUCCCUACCAGGACUCCAUGACAGACAGCCCUGCUGCCACAGAGCAGGACACCGCGGGUUUGGAUUGUAAGACGUCUCCGAGAAGGCGUGCGUACAGCACCAACCAGAUAGCAGACUACAACCCGGCAAAGAAGGUCUACACUCCCAGUGAUCCCAGUUCAGUGGUGGCAAAGAAUCCACUGAGGCGAGCCAAAGUCCAGGAGCUGAUAGGCCAGAUGAGCCCUGAGCACGAGGCGCAGUGGAGGAGCGACUACCAGCCGCAGCUGGCGAGCCUGUGUGCCACAUCUUCCAGAGGGCGUCCUGCCAGCUGUCACAGGCCGCUCCCUCAGCAGGAGCCGCCUCUGCCGCAGGAAGCUGACUCAGAGCCUCAUUUCCAUACGCAGCCUCAGGACAACCCUCAGCCCAGCGGUAUCAGCGUGCCGCCUGCAGCUCGCAACUCCGCUGGGGAGGAUGGUUCCAGAUCGUCCACUGACAGCCCCUCUGUUGGCAGCAUCGGAGACACGGAUGGUUACGGACACCAGCUGUGUCAAGCAGAAACCCCGCAGGAGACCCAGACUUCAGAUCUGGGUGCAGCCAACCAGCUCAAAGGUGACUGCAAGGCCGUGGUGUCCGGGCUGCUGUGUGGGAAACUGGUGAAGUGGGAGGUCGUCUUUGAUAUCGAGCCCUUUCUGAACGGCCGGGAACGUGAGGAAAAGGUUCACGAGGAGCUGUGGAAUGAGACCUUCCACCACAUGGCGGGACGCUCCAUCAUUUGUGACUUUGAGCACAUGGCAGAUAAGGAGUGUGAGAUCGAGCACGGCUCUGGCAGGAAGUACCAACUCUACGCCAUCCACACCAGCAAGGCCUGCAAUAUACUGAGCAAAUACACAGCCUUUGUUCCCAUCGACCUGGACACCAAUGAGUAUUUGCCGACAUGUAUUGAAUACAUACAGCCAGCUGAAGGUGUGAAGAAGGGCUCACACUCCAGGUCUCGUUCAGGGAGCAGGAAGAACAGAGGCUACUCCAUCGGACUGGGUCGCUCUCAGUCUGGCGGCAUGUCUGAGGAAGCUGCUGAAGAUGCCCUGCUACCCAACAAUGGAGAGGACAGUGUCUCUCCAUGUAGCACCCCCUCCUCCUCCGGCUGGGAGCGAUGUAGCUUCACAGAGGUCUCCCAGAGGAGUCCGUCUGUGACUUCUGACCAAUCACAGAAAUCGGUGGAGAGCCUUUUUUCUGCCAGAUUGGCCCUCAGCAGGACUCGUCUCCUGACUCGGGCCGCCAAAGGAUUCAUGUGUCGAUCUCACAGCAAGUCCGGUGAUUCAAGUGGAGAGAGUGACAACGAGAACAAAGACUACAUCCCUCUGGUAUUGCUGCAGUUGGCUAGUGGUGCAUUUCCCCUGGACACAGCUCUGUGUGAUGCCAUUAGUGUGCCCAUGGACAAGCUAAAAUGGACGUCCCCCUUCACCAGUCACCGCACCAGCCUGGGGCACCUGUCUCACUCCAGCAGCCGCCGUGCUGAGAGCGCCGAUGGCGAACGCAGAUCCCUGUGUGAACCAGAAACAUAUCAGCAACCUGCAGAGUACACUGUAGGCAUUCACAGCCCGUCUCAUCUGACCAAGAGCUCCUGGACGGAUGCUGGCCCUUCCUCAUUAGGCAGUCCCUCCUCCGCUGCUGCUGAGCCCCCGCUCUCCCCACACUCCCAGGGGGACAGCGGACGGGGCUCCGGGUCAGGGGCAUUGGAAACAGCAUCGCCCAGCAGCGUGCUAAAGAGGAUGCUGGAUCCAGAGAGCAUGGUGUGGGCCACAGCUGUGGCCCUCGCUUGGCUGGAGCACACCUCCGCCAGUCAUUUCAUAGAGUGGGAACUGGUAGCCGCCAAGGCCAGCAUGUGGUUGAGUGCGCAGGAAAUCCCAGAGGGCCGAGACUUAGCCUCCGUCAAGGCUGCUGCCAACCAGCUCUUCAUCAUCCUCAGACACUGGGAUGAAAACCUGCAACUGAACAUGCUCUGUUACAACCCGAACAGUGUCUGAGGCCUGCUAAUCCAAGGCUGAAAAUACAGACCGCAGAAAGUACUCAGCUCCAUGUGAUACUAUGCUAACUGAAGCUGUACUAAAGCUGUACUAUUCUCUGUUCGGCAGUUUGUCCUCUGGAGUCUGAUUUUGCCGUUGCAGUUGUGAACAAUGUGUAUUUUCUUUUGUUCGUGUGCUGUUCCUCCAAACAUAUCACAGGCUCUUCAGAGGCACUACGUGCAAGCUGUUACCUCGCUGGUGCCAUAUACUGUAGCUGGAUCCCUGUAAGCACGGGAUCUGAUCAGAGCUAUGCCACAGAUUUGAGUUUCAUGACGACGAAUGUCAGUGUUAACUUAGUAGCAUGCUGGACCACUGACCAUCAAGAAAAGCUCUUAUUGUCAUCAUAUUGAUGUUAUGGGGAGAAUGCUGCAAAACAACUGUUUGAGAAAACUGUUCCACUGAUUGACACAUACUGUUUCUACAUUUUCAUCAGUUUCUGGAUUAAUUGUACUGUGGAAAAUGUUACAUGACAACAUCUGGGUCCUUGCUAGCAGUACUGCCUGUCUUUUCUAAUGCCCGUUACCAUUACAGUGUUCUGAAUAUUUGCCCUUUCUCUGGUUUGAUUAUCGCAGACACAGAAAAAUAUGCAAAAAGCUCAAGAAAAUAUAAAAUAUAUGUUCAGAUUUGUUUAAAAAAAUAAGUGAAUGGGAAUCUAUGAAUGUGUAUCCCGCUAGCAUGUAAUUUACUGUUUAUUAUUUAAGGAGACAUACAGUUUAUAUUUUUUCACUUAUCUGAGUAUAUCUGUCUUAGAGUAGAGGUUCUGAUCAUUCAUUAACUUUAACCAAGCAGAUGGUCCGACCAAAAUUAACCUUGCUACAGGCUAAAUGUUCACUAUGUAAGUGGAUAUUUAUGCCUCACCAAUUUAAAAGGGAUUUCACUAACCAUGAUUCACAAAGUUGUUAUUAAACUUUUACACCCUGUAAUUGCUGCGUAGCUAACUAAACCAACUGACAACGGGGACUGCCCGUUGUUUAGACAGGCCAAAAUUCUGAAGCCCUGUUAGUCAGAAAAAAUUUCUCCGACUGUCCUAAAAACAAACGCUCAUUACUCUGAGAUCCUGUUUCUCCAAAAAAUACACACACUCCCUGCUGUUUAAUGACCCAAUUGAAAAAAGAUGUCAAACAUUUCUGUCAACCAUGGGUACGUUAUUUGUACAUUAUUUCGUAAUGAAUAUGAACAAAACCCACUUGGUUAUAAAAACACCUGGAAUAGGUGACUGAAAUGUGUUCAGGCUGGGCAAAAAUACCUGGGAUUGGUGGAUCAAACAUGCUGAGAAACGCCACGAUGGAUCAGUAAAAAACACCUUGGAUUGAAGGUUUGAAUGUGCUGAGAAACGUUGCAAAGGGUCAUUAAACAUUGGGGAUCGGUGACUCAAAUGCCACUAGGAAACUGAAACUAACUGCAAGGAGUGUGUAUUUUUGUGUAGAAAAGGGGACUUUGGAGCAUUGGACAUUUUUUGGAAUAACAGGCUAUCAGAGAAAUCAUUAUUCUGUCCAACUGCCAUGGGCCAAAGAAGGCUUUUUCCCAUUGACUUACAUGGUGAAAAAUGUAAAUCAGUGGAUACAAUUUUUGAGCAUCACAACCCUUCCAAAAUGACUUGUUUCAUUAUCAGAAUUUGAUCCAUUUGGUCUGGUAACAUUUAGAAAGUCUAGAGGAGCUGCAAGAUUAAAUCAUUUUAUUACCAUACAAGUUAGAGGAGCACUAAACCUGAAAUUACCCCGCUCUAGGAGUCUCUAGUGUGCCUGCUCUAUGGGUCCUAGGAUGCGGAACAUCCACGUAAUUUCAUACCCAGGAAAUGUUUUGGCUUCAUGUGCAACUAAGCAACUUUCAAAGGAAUGAACAGGGACCUUCCUCCAAUGCUGUAUCCAGUCGUCUUAAUACAUCCAUGAGGUGGAUGGAUGGGUCAAACAAACCCAGGACUUUCACCCAGGAGACUGCUGUUUGCGCCCAAUGUGAGACCAAAAGUCAUCGUUGACUUGUUGAUGUCACGUGGUGACGUACCACAUUACAAAAUGUACGUACUUGUUUCAACCGAAACCAUGAUGUUUUACAACACCUUAACAAGUAGUUGUGUUGCCUAAACCUAAACGUAAACCACUUCUUUACAGUGUUAAAUAGCGCCUUUUGGCGGUACCUUCCAACGGACAUAUAUGUAGUUUUGGAAGUCAUUGGCAGACAACCUAUUCUGUUAUUGGAAUGAGGACAUGUUGGUUCUGUCAUGCUUACAGCUCAUUUACCGCAAGUGCCUAUCCAAGGUUUCAAGAUGGCAGAAAAUGUAGAUCUGUUCACUGCAGUUUAAUCAGUGUGGGUAAUGAUUGGCUCUUUUUCUUAAACAUACAGUAGGUACCCUUCUUUCUUUCUUUCUUAUUUAUUUCUUAAAUCAGUGUGAGGCCGGUGCAGGCAUCUUUCAGUAUUGAUUUUCCUCUUUCCUGUUCCAUCACAGUGUUGCUUUACUCAGGUAUUUAUUCAUUUUUUCACUCAGGCUGAGUUGCAUAAAUCCUUCUGCAUGAACACAGGUGUUUGUUAUGAUGUUUAAUGACUGAAUUGCCACAUUGGAGCCGGUAGUGCAGUAAAUGCUCUCUGAAAUGACAAAUACAGUAGAUGUCAUGUAGUAAUAGUUUUUGUGCAGUAAUUGCAGUAGUUGAGUGCAGCUGUAAUUGUUAUAAAUUGUAUUUUUUAUGUACUGGGUCAGUUGUAUAGUGCAGUAUCUUUCAACUUGCUGUGUGUGCCUUUAUAAAUGAUUGUUGACUGUUUGAGGCUGUUGAAAGCUUCUGUAGUGUCUUUAUAACUGUUUAUGCUAUGAUCGGCUCUGCAGGUGCAUGUAAUAAAAUAA